AGCGCAGGCUCAGCGCGCGCCAGACGGCUGCCCUUUGGACUUUGACACUUCUCUUUUCACGCGCUAGACUCCCUCUCUCUCCCUUUCCCAGCCAGUCUUCGACUCCCCCUUUCUUUCUCUUGCCCUACUCAGUACUCUCUCCCAGGUAAACUGGUUUGUUCUGGCAAAGCGUGCCCGCUGUGAUCUGCAGUGCACGUGGCAAGGAGUUUGUUUACGCAGCGACCAGUAGUAGUCUGGCUGUUUGUUUGUAGUGGGAGUUGGAAGAAAAGAUGGGCAGGUCGAAGAAGUCGAAGAAGCAGCGAUGCGGCGGUCGCGGAUGCAAGUGCUCGCUAAUCUGGCGAGGCUUUUGCUGUGUGCUAGUGACCAUUGCAAGUAUUAUGGUAGCAUAUGGCGUCGGAGAGUCGCGUCACCAAGUCAAUUCGUGCUGGCUGAAAUCGUCGUGUUUGCUAUUCGGCGACGUCUCCGCGCACAUCACCCCAUGUCGCCCGGAUUCGAUGGGUGCGCUACCAACUGGCGGACCUACGCAGCUAUGCGACUUCAACCUGUUGUCCGCUGGCAUUCAGAUCAGUGUAGCGGCCAUCCUCGCUCUUACGGUCACCGUCAAAAUGUGCUGCACAAGGAGAGCGAGCAACAGCACGGCAUUCUCCGUCCUGGAGUUGGUAUUCUGCUGCGUGUGCCUCACCUCCGCCUUUAUCACCUUCAUUAUCAGUACAGCAGGCAAUGCGUCCUUCACAAACAAACUGUUCUCGCACUGGAACGAAUCUUACGCUCACUUCCAGCCAGCGGCUGAAGAGCCAGCAAGCCCGUCGGAAGUGUACAUCUUCAACCAGCCAGACACGAGCACGGGCCACCCGUACCACUUCAAGCAGACGCUAAUGGUCGGCAUGGUGGGCAGCUGGAUGGGUGUGAUAGGGUGGUCAGUCUACAUCAUUAUAGCCGCCGUCAGCUGUCACAGGUGGCAGCGGCCUAAGGACGCCGAGGACAAGCCCGUCGGAAAGUUCACUCGUCUCCGUUCUAGAAUCGCAGUGCAAACCCUUCUGUGAAGUAUGUACAAUGCAUGUGUAAGGUCUAGACUAGAGUGUGUUGUGUGCGCUCUGCAUGCUUGUGUUGAGAGCGGCGUCGCCACGGGAACAAUGAUCCUGGCUGCGGCAAGUCAUGACACCAACGUUAUCGAACAACC